UCACAUUCCAUUCCCCACACCUUGUUUCUCAUGCGCCAUUCGUUAACGAAGAAACCUUCACCUUCACCUUCACCUUCACCUUGUUCGGCGCUGAAGCUAUCUUCUUCUUCAUCUUCUUCUUCGUCUUGUGCAUGGCAACGGAACCAGCUGAAACCACAAUCAGCACCACCCUGGUGGUGAGGAAGCCAUGUUUUGCUCUCCCAACCGGUUGCCCUCAAUGCUUAUCUGCUUACAUCUACCUCAGGCUCACACAACACCCCUUCCACCUGAAUUUCCACCUCAACUACCCUGAUUCUGGUCAAAUUCCUUACUUUGAGAGUGGCGAUCGCGUGUCGUAUAAUAAUGAGAAGGAGGGGAUUAUUGAGUGUUUGAAAAGGGAUGUAGCUGAUUUAGAUGUUGGGGUUGCUUCACUGCCUGAGUGGAUUCCAGCCAAAGUGAUGCUCACCACUUGGCUUGCUGAUGCACUUGAGUAUGAAUUGUGGGUAGGAUGUGAUGGUUCCUCUGCUUAUAACAUCUAUUAUUCUGAGCUUCCAUGGCCUAUAGGGAAGGUUCUGUUUUGGAAGAAAGCUCACUGGGUAAAGCUGAAACAUGGGAUGACUGAAGACAAUGCUGAAGUGAAGGAAGAAGAGAUUUAUGGGAGAGCAAACUCUGCUUAUGAUGCUUUAUCAACUUGGUUAGGGGAACAAAACUACUUAUUUGAAAACAGGCCGUCAAGCCUGGAUGCUAUUUUUCUUGCACAUGCAUUAGUAGUUCUUCAAGCUUUACCUGAAUCAUCAGUUUUGCGGAUCAAGUUUUCAGAACAUGCUAAUUUAGUGAGAUACGUACAACAAUGCAAGGCAGAACUUACAGCAGCUGGUACAUCUCCUGGUGAUCAAUAUUUUAAUGCAGAUGCAUCAUCAUCAGCUUCCAGAGGUCGACCAAGUUCAAAGCCUAAGAGCAAAGCGAAAAAAGAGCAAACAAAGGAGGAGAAAACCUUCAGAAGAAGGGCCAAGUAUUUUGUGGUAGCACAGCUGGUUUCGGUUGUUCUUUUCCUCAGUAUCUUGACUGGAUAUGGUAAUAAUGGCGAUGUGGAGAUAGAUGAUGACUAUGGUUUCGAUGAGUGAAACAAAGUAGGAGAAAACCUUCAGAAGAAGGGCCAAGUAUUUUGUGGUAGCACAGCUGGUUUCGGUUGUUCUUUUCCUCAGUAUCUUGACUGGAUAUGGUAAUAAUGGUGAUGUGGAGAUAGAUGAUGACUAUGGUUACGAUGAGUGAAAAUGCAUGCAUUUGUUGUCUUCAUCUCAGCAAUGAAGACAAGAUUUGCCUCCUUUUCUUUUUUAUGAUCCAAAUUUAGGAGUACGGAAAGUUACCAUUCAUAUCAAUUUUUCCUAUUAAUAAGAUCCAUUUUUCUAUACCUGAGUUUAUCUCAGUUGAUUGAUCAUUGUCCCAGAUUAGUAGCUAACUUUUUCACUGGAAUGGGGUGCAUUUUCAAGAUGAACCCUGACUUGAGAGGAUCUAUGGCUCUUAUCUUUGUACAUGUAGAUAAGUAGAUUUGAGUGUUUUUUGGUUCGCUUUUGAUAUUAUCUUGUGUAUAAUUGGAGAUAAAGAUGCAAAAGAUACCCCUAUAUGAAUGGAUAAGUAAAAAAGUAUCUAAACUUCAUUUGAAAUUAA